AUGGAGGUGAUGGACAUGCCUAAGCGCAAUUCACCCGUUUCACAACCCACCGCUGUCGCAAUGGCAUCAACAUCUCCUCAUCCAGAGAAAAAAGCGUCAGAUGCCCCAUACAUCGUGGAUGACGACUUCCCUGGAGAUGACGACGACGACGAUGAUGUUUCGAUAUCGCCUAUCUCUGAGAGAGCACCUCCAUGGUCUGGAACUCGCUGGGCUCGUUUUUUCCCCGAAUUGUCCUCUCACUUCUCCUUGGCGUCCCCCACUAACAGUACAAAUCCGCCCUUUCCGCAACCUCUCACGAAGGGUCCGCCUCAUAUUGACGGUCCUUCACAGCAACCAGAGAGAAGAAGCAAAGGGCCUUCAUCUCUGUCAUCUGAAGAUGUGGCAGAUAACAGGUCAUCAAGCUACACCAGCAGGUCUUCCUUGACGAGUCAGGGAUCUGAAGCUACAUCACCAGUUCAUAAACUGGUGGAUAGUCUUCACAUAAAGUCACCCACGAAAGCUGGCGUGUUUGACGAGUCAAAAUUUGCGCAUCAAAUUCCUCCUCCGUUCCCGAGCCGCUCUUCGAUUGCUCAGUCCAAAGACAAGCCUCUCCCUCAGGAGCCUCCCAUUGAGUUGACUCCACUCUCAAUCCGCCAUAAAACACCUCAAAUUCCUGAUAGACCCGGAUACCUUAGCCGGUUGGACCCUCCGCCACGCUCAAAAAAGCAUGCAAGUCAUCAUCAUCCGACGUUGUCGCAGGCGUGCACCGAUCUGGAGAGGACUCUAGCCGGACUCGCUGAGCAACAGCACAGUCCCGCGCAACUCUCCCCUCGCAGUCCUCUUCAAAUUCUAGACGGGCCUUUGCAGAUUAGUAGAGGCAAUAUGGACAUGGUUGCUACGCGACCAGCCCCUCGACCCCCUGCUAGCGUGCAUGAUAAUCGUCAGAUCCACAAAGCCAAGUCCCGCGAAGAUAUGAAACAGACAAAGAAACUACUUAAGAACAAGCCGUCCUUUUCCUUCACAGUACCAGCUUUCGGUCGGAAACUGAGUCGUGUCCAUCAUCGAUCCACUAGUAACACCAGCUCCAAGUCGGAACCUGAAUCCUACAGGGCCAGCGUCUUACAUCAGCCAGCUGUCGCAGAACUUGGAGACAGCGAGGUCGCUGAGUUACAGGGGUCUUCAGUCAUUGGUUUUCGUGAGAGACCCUCCUCCGCUGGCGGAGAGAAGGAACUUCGGAUGAGGCUUCCCCGCCUUCAGACAAAGGAAAUGGGGGCCCCCGGUCGGAAAAGAGACAACAUCCACAGCACUCAUGAAGGCCCUGAGCAGCUUAGAAGACCAAACGGCAGAGCAAGGGGUGCUUCUGUCGGAGAAAAGUACUUCGUAUCGUACAGUAAGCUCGAUGGUAUGCCGGUACAUUCCACUCGUCAACAUCAACCAACUUCGCAAACUUCAUGUAUGGUCUAUGAGCUGGAGGGUGGUUCCACACAACCGCCCGCUGAGCUGCAAGGCGAUACCACCAGUCCGAUCGAUGUGGUGCCUGUCAGGAUAUCUGUCGGUGUAUCAUCUGUCGGGGCAAUGCCUGGCACUUUGCCCGACCGCGUUAUACUGACGGUCUUGGAGCACAUCACCUCCCUUGACGACCUUUUCAAUGUUGCGGUAUCCCGCAAAGAUUUCUAUCGGGUUUUUAAGAUGCACGAGUUGAAGCUCAUACGGAUAGCCGUGUUCGCCAUGUCUGCGCCAGCAUGGGAGUUGCGCGAAAUGAGCCCACCAUGGGAUACCGAAUGGCAUUUUGUGCUGGAUCCUGACGCCCCUGUGCCUGAAUACACGCCAAGCUGCUACCUCAAGCGCUAUGCUGAGGAUAUAUACACACUGGCUCAUCUCAAAUCGCUUAUACUAGCUCGUUGCGGGACUUUUCUGCGUCCCGAAACGAUCCGUGGGCUCUCCGGCACCGACGAUAUCCGUGCUGCCGAGGUCGAUGAUGCCUUUUGGCGGGUUUGGACUUUCUGUCGCCUUUUUGGUUCUGGGAAAGGUAGAGAGGGAGACAUUGCGGGACAGUUGGAUUGGCUGAGGGGUGGCGAGGUGGCCAGGAAUCGACGUGUUUCCGAAUUCACGUCUAUAGCCGAUCCAUAUGACGCAAAUAGCGUUUUGUUCGAACCUCCUACCGGAUUUGGGGACGGCAAUAAUGGAGGCCUAUCAAAGGAGCAGCUUCUUGAUAUGACAGAGAUAUGGACCUGCUUAGGUGUGCUUCUUCAGCCAAUGCACGAGGAGUGGGCCUACUACAUUCUCACACUUGGACUCUCAGCAGUCUUGGUGCUCGGCUCCAUUCAUCCCUAUGACAACACUACUGCUGUUUUCCAGAGAGCUCAUUCCAUGGGCUUGACAAACUGGGAAGCAUCUGACACUGGUGCGAGCCGUUCAUCAUUCCUGAGAGAGGCCGUGUCGAAAGCUUGUCAGCCACGGGGAAGUAGCACGUCUCAGGCGUCGAUGCGCUCGUCUGGCUUUAGCUCCCAGCCUUCAGGGUCGCAUGAUGUAUCACAGACGUCUAACGUUCGCGGCGAGAGAGAGCCUUCGCCUGACUUCCAUCGCCGACGGCAAGCCGCCUAUUCUGCCCAGUUGAGGAUUCAGAGACAACAGCAGCCAAGUCCGCCUAAUCCUAUGCUCGCUGAAGAACGGCCCAUAUCUCAUUAUGCAACCAUCAUGAGCCGCCUAGAAGGCCUUCCGCCCGCGCCUCAGCCGCCAAUGUCUGUAUCGAGGAUAGAAAUACCGCCUACUACCCACUCUUACAUGACGAAUGUGUCCUAUAUGCAACCCCUCCAAUCAGUCACACCAGUGUACUACCCACCACAGGUUCGCGACCCUGUUGACCACGCCAUCGACAUAAUGGUUCGAGAGCUUGGCUUUGGGGAGGAGGACGCCAAGUGGGCACUUAAGAUAACAGACAGUGGUGAAGGUAUCAAUGUAAAUGCGGCGAUAUCCCUACUCACGAGAGAACGCAAGACCCAUGAGCAGAGCAGUAGGGGAUUUUCCUUGAGGAAACGCAAAAGCUUUCUCUCCUCGGUCAUCAACAGUCCGGAGUCGAGACAUUCGGGCUGGAAAUGGGCUUGA